AGUUUGUUUCGUCUGCAUUAUGUACUUGUUUGAUAUUUUUGUGUGCGGGGUGGUGUUGGGGGUUGUUGGGAGUGAAAUUCCGCCAAAAGGGCCGCAAAAAAAGCACAGAAAUUUGAUCAAUAAUAUGAUAAAUCCGUUUUUGGCCAACUCCAGGCAAAGCCGAUUCCUCUCUUUGUUCACCUUCGUCCAAUUCGACAACCAGCUCUGUACGGGCGCCACUGGCGACAACGGCACUUGCGUCUCCGCCCCCGAAUGCGCCCAGAAAGGGGGCUCAGCGAACGGUCCCUGUGCCGGCGGUUUCGGGACAUGUUGCAUGUUUCUAGCGACUUGUGGCGCAACGAUCCGGGAAAACGGCACUUAUUUCGUUCAAGCUGGUUAUCCGAAUCAAUAUGACGGCACUGGAUCGUGUCAGGUGACACUGGCGAAGUCGCAUCCCGACGUCUGCCAAUACAGACUGGACUUUGACCAAUUCUCGCUAAUGGGCCCGGAGCCGAGCAACCACAUCUGCAACAACGACCAGUUCAUCGUCUCCGGUGGCACCCCCGUGCCCCCCAUCUGCGGCAACAACGUCGCCAACCACCUGUACGUGGACGCCGGCACCGGAGCCUCCAACCCCGUCACCCUCUCGGUGGUAACAAGUGGCCCAAUGUUCCCUCGUAACUGGAAAAUCCGCAUCACGCAAAUUGCUUGCAGCUCAAUUUACCGCGCCGAAGAGGGCUGUUUGCAGUACUUCACUGGGGUUGCAGGCCAGAUCCGGUCGUUUAACUAUGACCCCACCAGCGGACUGCAGCUCUCCAAUCAGGAUUACAGCAUCUGUAUAAGGAACGAGAGGAAUUUCUGCGGUGUGCAGUAUUCGCAGUGUGAUGAUCCAGCGCACAAUCGAAGUCAGUCGUUCACACUUUCGGGGAACUCGAACAAUGCGGUCCAAGCGAUGGUUGGCAGCACUGGAUCGUCCAAUUUCUGUCAGAACGAUUAUCUCAUCAUUCCGAUGGCCACCAAUGUUGGCAGGCCUGUCACGGGAACAUCAGCAAAUGUCGACAGGAUUUGCGGAGGGGUUUUGAGCGCUGAUGUAACGCUUCAGUCGACUCCGGUCAGAAGCACUGUGAAGCCGUUCAGACUGUGGUUUCAUACCGACAGUACCGAAGCUCCGAACGAUGUCGCCAACAAAGGAUUUUGCCUGAAUUACGUCCAACAACCGUGCACAAAUAAUCUGGCUUAAAAUGCAACGUAUUGUUUCAUUUUUUAGCCGUUAAUUCGUCGAAUGUGGGGGAUAAUAGGGAAUUAAAAGCUCGCAUAUUUAACUUUUUGUGGAACACGAAAUGGCAGGUUUAUGAACGUUGUAAAACUUCCAUUGUAGGGAAAUGUGGAAAAAUUAAUAGCCCUCAUAAACCGUAUCACAAAAGUGCAAGUUUAUAUUUUUCAGUACAAACUAUGUUAAAAACUUCGUUUCUACAAUAAAAUUUUACGAAACA